AUGCCGUCCGCAUCCUGGAAGCUUUGCAGUGCCUACUACAACUGCUUCUCUAACCUGGGCAACUGCACUUGGCAAGCGAGGGUUGCAGGCGAGUGCAGCAUCUGCGGCAGCACUGACGGCACGGGCACGCUGUGCAGACCCAGGAAGGCAUGUAUGGCGCAGGACGCUAGUGCUCUGAUCGCGGCUGGGACGGUGAAUGCGGGGCAAAUGAACCGGGCUUGCAUGGACGUGCCCAUCACCAUCCACCCCGUUGAUGCUGCCGCCCUGCUGAACAUCAAGAGCACGCUGGGUGUGACGUACACCACGUGGACCGCCACCAGCCCUUGCCGCCUGUUUGGAAGCUCGGUGGGCUUCCCGGGCGAAUGGAAUGCAUACUCAUCUGCCCUCUUGCAUUCUGUGUCACACGUGGGGUGGGCUCAAUCUCUUCCGUGCAUCAGUGCUGUGGACGGCCUAGGCCUCAAGGGGUCAAUCCAUGCUGAGAUGUCCGCGCUCACAACUCUCACCCGAGUGUCGCUGACGUCCAACUUCUUCAACUACCGCAUCGACUCCUUCACCUCAAGCAUGAAAGCCUUGCCCAAUCUGGUCGACAUUGAAGCGCCCUACAACUACCUCAUGGGCACCGUGCCUCCGGUGGGCGCCAGUCUGGUCGUGUUGAACAUGGCGUUCAACUUCCUCACGGACUUCCCAACAUUCAGCUGCACGACUUGUGGCGGCAACAACAACUGCCUCACCACGCCCUCCAAGUGCCCCUCUGGAGGCACGAUUCAGAGGGCUGCGGCGGAGUGUGUGUAUUGCGGCACCAAUGGCGUACCCCCGCUGUGCUGGGGGGCGGGAGGAGUGUGCACGGUGGACGCUUCUGUCCCCAUCGCUGCCGGCACUGGCAGCAAAGCAUUGACCACUCCACUUGCCCGGACCUGCGUGGGCGGAGAUGUUGUGUUGGUGAAAGAAAGCGCAGGUAGGCAGGAGGCAGUGGGGCACGGGACAGGGCACAAUGGGUGUGGACGAGCAGCACACGUGGCCAUUGGUGGAGUGUGCGGGGGCAGUGGUGGUGCAGCAGCGUUGCCUGCUGAGGGCGGUGGGCGUGGUGGGGCUGUGGGGCCAGCGUCCACACCACAGGGCCCGUACCCUGCCCCCACUUGCUCACCCAUGCUCACCCUCAAGUCUUUGCUGGGCGUCACUUUCACCAGCUGGGCGGCCAGUGUCCCCUGCAAAAUCGCUGGGCAGAGCACCACAGUCACAACCUGGAGCGGCGUGCUCUGUGACAACAUUGGCAGCGUCCUGAGCAUUUUCCCACUUUCUUUGGCCGAUCAUCGCGUUUGCCCGCUUCUUAUAGCGCCUCCCACCCCUCUCUCGCUGCUCUCUUCCUUGGCCAGUGGCGUUGCCAGCAACUGCCUUACAGGCACCGUGCCGGCACUCUCCAGCGGUCUUCGCACGCUGGACGUGCGAUACAACUUCCUCACGGACGUGCCAGCAGUCACCUACACGUACUGUGGCGGCAACAACAACUGCCUGCUCACGCCCUCCAAGUGCGCCACCGCUGGCUCCACUCAGAGGCCUACGGCGGACUGUGCCAUCUGCGGCACCACCAACGCCGUGGGCCCCUUCUGCACUGCCUCGGGAGGGGUGUACAUGCCGGAUGCGGCUGCAAAUGUUGCCGCGGGCACUGUGAAUGCGCCGGUGCUUCCCUUGCUCUUCAUGGGGUGCACUGGCGGGACCAACUACAUGUACCCUUCGGAUGCGGCGGCCCUGCUCAACAUCAAGUCGGCCAUGGGGCUCACCUUCACCUCGUGGGCCACCACCACUCCGUGCCUUGCUGAAGGCACUUCUCCAAAUUGGGACGAGUGGGAGAGAGUGACCUGCACGCCUUUUGGCCGCCUCUACUCGAUUGCCUACUACAACUGCUUCUCUAGCCCGGGCAACUGCGCUUGGCAAGCGAGGGUUGCAGGCCAGUGCAGCAUCUGCGGCAGCACUGACGGCACGGGCACGCUGUGCGGACCCGGGAAGGCAUGUUUGCCGCAGGACGCUAGUGCUCUGAUUGCGGCUGGGACGGUGAAUGCGGGGCAAUCGAACCUGGCUUGCGUGGACGUGCCCAUUUCCAUCCACCCCAUUGACGCUGCCGCCCUGCUGAACAUCAAGAGCACGCUGGGUGUGGCGUACACCACGUGGACCGCCACCAGCCCGUGCCGCCUGUUUGGAAGCUCGGUGGGCUUCUCGGGUGAAUGGAAUGGUGUCUGGUGCAACGGCGAUGGCAAGGCGGUCCUAUUCGCUGUGGACGGCCUAGGCCUCAAGGGGUCACUCCAUGCUGACAUGUCCGCGCUCACGGCUCUCACCCGAGUGUCGCUGACGUCCAACUUCUUCAACUACCGCAUCGACUCCUUCACCUCAAGCAUGAAAGACUUGCCAAAUCUGGUCGACAUCCGCAUGCACAUCAACUACUUGUACGGGGAGAUCCCUUCCUUUCUCGUGAACAUCCCAAAGAUCACUCAACUUGAAGCGCCCUACAACUACCUCAUGGGCACCGUGCCUCCGGUCCGCGCCGAGGGCUGCGGCGGGAGUGUGUCUAUUGCGGCACCAACGGCGUGCCCCCGCUGUGCUGGGGGGCAGGAGGAGUGUGCACGGUGGACGCUUUCUGUCCCCACUGCUGCCGGCACCGGCAGCAAGUCGUUGACCACUCCACUCGCCAGGACAUGCGUGGGCGGAGCGGUUGUGGGCAUCAAAGAGAGCGCAGCCAUGCUGGCCCUCAAGUCUUCGCUGGGCGUCACAUUCACCAGCUGGGCGGCAAGUGUGCCGUGCAUGCUGAACUACCUCUUCGGCACCGUGCCAGCGCUCGCCACCGGCCUUCUCACACUUGAUGCUCGAUUCAACUACCUCACGGACCUGCCAACGGCAGCCUACAAGUCAUGUAGCGGCAACAACAACUUCCUCGUCACGCCCUCCAAGUGCAACGCCGCCGGCACCGUUCAGAGGACUGCAGCGGAAUGCUCCUUUUGUGGCACCACCAACGGCGUGGGCCCCUUCUGCACUGCCACGGGAGGGGCGUGCAUGGUGAAUGCAUAUGACAAUGUCGACGGUGGCAUUGUGAAUUCGGCCACACAGCCCGCGGUCCCCUUGUUUUGCUUGUUCCCGCCAGUGGCUAUGAAGGACAGCGCAGCCAUGCUCGCCAUCAAGUCGUCGCUCGGCGUCACCUACACCACGUGGGCGGCCAGUGUGCCGUGCAAGCUCCCAGGGCAGAUCGCCAGGGUCGCAAUCUGGACCGGCGUGUCCUGUGACAGCACUGGCAGUGUCGUGGGCAUAGGAUUGGAGAACGCAAACCUUAAGGGCUCGCUUGCUAUGGAGAUCUCCACGCUCUCUGCUCUCACCUACCUGUCCUUGUCAGCCAAUCUCCUCAACUACCGCAUUGAUUCGUUCACCACAUACUUGCGCUUCUUGCCAGUGCUGGCCGACAUUGGAGCCAUGAACAACUACCUCAUGGGGUCAAUACCCGCGCUCGCUAGUGGGCUGCGCACUCUGGACAUUCGAUACAAUUUCAUUGCGGACCUGCCAGCAGUGACCUACAGCAGCUACAACGGCACGGGCAACUGCCUCAUUGCGCCUUCCAAGUGCGGCUCCUCCGGCAUCAAUCAGAGGCCCCCAGCGGAGUGUGCCUUCUGCAGCUCCACCAAUGCCAUGGGCCCCUACUGUUGGGGGGGGGGAGGAGUGUGCACGGUGGAUGCGUUUGUAUAUGUCUUCGGCAGUUAUGUAAACGCGGGGUCGACGCCUGGGCUUGCCACGUGUGUGGGCGGCACAGUGGUGGCCAUCCAAGAAAGCGCAGCCAUGCUGGCGCUCAAGUCAUCACUGGGCAUAACGACCAACACGUGGGCGGCGUCUGUGGCAUGCACGCUCAAGGGCACCACUGCGCCCGUGCCCACGUGGGCUGGCGUCCUCUACGACUCCAGUGGCAAUGUCGUGAGCAUGAACCUCAACUCGCAGCUCUUCCAGGCGCCCCUCACUGACUUCACCUCCAACCUCCUCAAGCUUACCGGCCUCAAGGAGCUCUACCUGCAGUACAACUGGUUCUUCGGCUCUGUUCCCACCGCGCUUCUCAGACUGCCCUCGCUCUGCGUGCUUGGCCUGGGCUUUAACUACCUCACCGGCUCCUUCCCAGGGUCAGCCACGUUGGUGACUCUGGACAUCCGCAGUAAUUUCUUCUACACCAUGGCACCCAUGACCCUCAAGUGGUGCGACGGCUCCAACAACUGCCUCGCGUCUCCCGCUCCCUGCGCCUCUGGCGGCUCCACUCAGCGCGCCGCAGCCGACUGCGCCAUCUGCGCCUCCGUCGGGGCCGUGCCGCCCUUCUGUCGCGGCACCGGCACCUGCUCGCCCGACUCUGGCCCCGCUGCUGCGCUGGGCACGCCCAACUCAGCAACCGCGCCCAUGCUGCCCAUGGUGUGCAGUGGCAUCCCCAUCGACCCUGCUGAUGCUCUAGUGCUGCUGACGCUCAAGUCGACGCUGAGUGUGAUGCUGAGCAACUGGAAUGCGGCAUCGCUGUGCACGCUGGAGGGGCAGACGCUGCUGCCCGCGCAGUGGGGCGGCGUGCGCUGCACUGCUGCCGGCAAAGUGACGAGCAUGGACCUGGGGUACAACCUCUUCCAGGGCCGCCUGGAUCUCUUUGCUGCUCCACUUAAGCCCCUCACCACCCUCAAGGCGCUCUUCUUCCACUACAACUAUUUCGCCGGCUCCAUUCCAUCUGCCAUCGCCACGCUGCCUCAACUCACAUCACUUGGCCUCUUCUCCAACUACCUCACGGGCACCGUACCCAUCCCCUCAAAGGCCCUUGUCGCCCUAGACGUAGGCUUUAACUUCCUCUCGGGCACCUUCCCGAAGCUGCCGCUCAUGUUCUGUGCGGGCGACAACAACUGCUUCCUCAACUCCACCGCCUGCCGCACCUACGGCAUCGUGCAGCGCCCUGCCGGCGCCUGCGCCAUCUGCGGCACCGUGGCCGGCCAGGGCGACCUCUGCUUCGGCGGCUCCUGCGCUCCCCUCGCCUCUGCUGCUGUCACCGCCAGCACUGUCAACUCGCCUAACCAGCCUAUUCUGCCCAUGGCAUGCGCAGGUCGGUACAAUCCGGCCGCACCGAUGGAUACAGGCUCAGCGCUUGCGCUGCUGAACGUGAAGUCAGCGCUGGGAGUGACGUUCACCAGCUGGCUGGCUGCAUCGCCCUGCGCCAUUGCCAACUCCACCAUUGCCGUCGCCGGCACCUGGACUGGCGUGCUCUGCUCCUCCGCUGGCGACGUCCUCAGCGUUGCCCUCACCUACCUGUCAGUGCCGUUGUCUUUCUACCUGUCUUCCCCUCCCCUACCUCACUGCCUUAUCCGAUGCCCUCUGCGUUCCAUUUCCAUGUCCCUCCUCGCAUGUUUUCUGCCUGCUUUCCCGCCUCACAUGCGUGCAGCAACUGAGCAAGCAUCUUCCACCUCAACACUGCCUUUCCUCCCCACUCCUGCGCCUGCCCCAUGCACCCUCUCUCCCGUCCACCCCCUCAGCGACCUGUCCAAUAACUUCCUGCGCGGAAGCCUUGACAAGUUUGUCACCUUCUCGGGCCUCAAGACGCUCCUGCAGCUGCGCCUCAACAACAACUGGUUCGUGGGCUCCCUGCCUCAGACACUCAUGUCAUUUUCUGCACUCAGUCUGCUAGAUGUGCAUGCAAACGCGCUGACAGGGUCGUUUCCUGCCGUGUCAUCGGUGCUGCGCGCGCUCUACCUGCACGACAACUUCCUAGCAGGCAGCUUCACAACUUCCUCUCUCACCGCGUGUGACCCCAGCCUCAACUGCUUCCUCAACGCCGUCGCGUGUGGCGCCACCAGCACCACCCAGAGGGCCGCUGCUGCCUGUGCCAUCUGUGACAGCCCAGCAGCGCAGGGGCAGCUGUGCUGGGGCGGCACGUGCAUGCCCAAAGUCUCCCCCACCACCGCCCACCCUGACGGGCUGGCCCCGCCGGCCAUGUACUGCGCUGGGGCUCCGGUGGUCAACAUCGGCCCUAUUGAUGCGCAAGCGCUGGGAGCGCUGAAGAAUGUGAUGGGAGUGACGUUCACCACGUCGGAUCCUGCCACCUACUGCACCGUGGCGCCCACCGCCAUCGUCCCCGGCACGUGGGACGGUGUGCUCUGCGACUCCGCCGGCAAAGUUGUCAGCCUGUCAGUCCGCCUGCUCUACCCCUGCUGUGCUCUUCUUCUCUCCAUGCAUUGGCUGGCAAGCUCACGGGCACUCUGCCGCUCUCCGUCUCCGCCCUCACGGCGCUCACUGCCAUGUGAGCCCUCCCCUCUAUGCCCGCUGCACUUCAUUUUCCUCCAUGCACCCUGUAACCCUAAACCCGAAAUCCUGUGCCCCUCUCCUCAUUCACUCCCCUCUCUGCCCCUCCCCUCAUCCCUCUCUCCUCUCUUCCGCUCUCCACAUUAUCUAUCCUCCCUGCCCCUCUCCUCAUUCUCUCUCCUCUCCGCCCCUCUCCUCAUUCUCUCUCCUCUUCUUGCUGCCCCUCCCCCCAGCGACCUCACCUCCAACCUCUUCGAUCUCGCCUACAACUGGCUCUCCAGCUCGGUGCCUGCAUACAUGCUCACUCUCCCCAGCCUCACUGAGCUCACGAUUGGCUACAACUACCUGACGGGUGCACUGCCCCCGGUGACACCCCCGCUCUCAGUGGUGGACGUGCAGUUCAACUUCCUCGCCGGCACCUUCCCCAUGCUCACCCUCACCCUCUGCGCUGCGCGCAUGAACUGCUUCCUCGACGCCACCAAGUGCAAGAACCCCAACCGCGCCUCCGAGCUCCCACGAGCUGCCGCCUCCUGCGCCAUCUGCAACACCACCAACGCGCAGGGCCGCCUGUGCAACGGGGGGGUGUGCACUGUGAACGCCACGGACCUGGUGGCUCUGGGCGCGCCCAACAGCGCCGCGUCUCCCUCUCUGCCGCUGAUCUGCGUGGGCGCGGCGUUUGUGGCGAUGGAUGCCGUGCACGCGGGUGCCAUGCUCAACAUCAAGGCGUCGCUGGGCGUCACUUUCACUGACUGGAAGGCCGGCUCGCCCUGCUCCCUUCCAGGCGGCGUCGCUGCCGGGUCGUGGAGCGGAGUCACCUGCGAUGGCACCGGCAAAGUUGACCUGCAGUCCAACCUGCUGCAGGGGCGGCUGGACUCCUUCACAGCCAGCAUCAAGACGCCCCUCGUGCUCAAGGAGAUUGUGCUGCAGUUCAACUACCUGUCCGGCCAGUUCCCCACCGCCCUCCUCGCCCUCACCACUCUCUCCAAGCUCUCCGUGGGCUACAACUACCUGACGGGCCCCUUCCCAACCGUGCCGGCAUCAGCCAAGUCGCUGGACGUGCAGGGCAACUUCCUGUCAGGCGCCUUCCCCACCAACGCGCUCACCUACUGCGCCGCCACCACCAACUGCCUCACCGACGCCAACAACUGCGCCUCCCUCGGCAUCACCCAGCGCUCCGCCACAGACUGUGCCAUCUGCGGCACCGCCUUUGGCCAGGGCACGCUAUGCGGCGGCGUGCCGUGCCUCGUCAACACCACGGGGGUCACCGCGCCUCCCACUGCCACGUCUCCCCCUUGCAACCUCUACUGCACGCCAGUCGCCUUGGACACCAACACCACCACAACGCUGCUGGCGCUGAAGACGGUGCUGGGAGUGACGGCCACGGAGUGGAGUGCAACGACGGUGGCACUGAAGCCCAAGGCGUUGAAGAGCAGCAGCGUGCCCCUCGCCACCAUGGUGGGCGCCUGCACCGUGGAGGGGCAGACCCCUGCUCCUGGCUCGUGGACCGGCGUCUUCUGCAACUCCGCUGGCGCCAUUGUCGCCCUGUUGCUGCCGAAUCAGAAGCUGACUGGAAGCCUGUCGACGGACAUCGCCAAGCUCACAGCUCUCACUGCGCUGUGCGACUCGCUUUCCAUGCCCAUACACCCAUGCACGCUUACGCGCCCAUCCACACGCGGCCAAACCUGCCGUCACUUCACUCAUGCCGCUGCCGCGCUUCAGUGGGGCACUGGAUUGCAGCUUUCUCCCAGCGCACUCAAUUCUCGUUUUUGCAAAAAGCCACUGAACCGCAACUACCUGACGGGGGUGGUGCCGGCGAUGGGCGCAGCAGUGAAGGUGCUCAACAUGGCGGGCAACUUCCUCUCGGCCUCCUUCCCCACCACCGGCGUCACAGCCUGCGAUGCGCGCUCCAACUGCUUCACAGACGCCUCCAAGUGCGCCAACACGCUCGGCACGGCGCAAAGAGCCACUGCAGACUGCAACGUGUGCGGCUCCACGGGGGCUGCAGGCCCGCUGUGCGGCGGCGGCUUCUGCAUCCCCAACGCUGCCGCGCCCGCCGCUGCCGGCACGCCCAACAUUGAGGGGCAGGCGCUGCUGACUAUGUCCUGCGUGGGCGGCCCCAUCGAGGUCAACAUGCGCGGCGCCAUGCUCAACCUCAAGGCGUCGCUGGGGGUGACUCUCACUGACUGGGCUGCUGCGUCGCCGUGCACCAUUGCAGGCCAGCCCUCUGUGCCAGGGGCGUGGACUAACGUGGUCUGUGACACGGCGGGCAAGGUCGUGAGCAUCAAUGCAAAAUUCAACUACUUGGCAGGCCCGCUGCCGUCCGCGCUGCUCACUCUGCCCACCCUCACCAGCCUCGAUGUGAGUUACAGCUACCUCACAGGGACCGUGCCUGCGCUGGGCACGGCGCUCAAGAACCUGCGCAUAGGAGGCAACUACCUGUCGGGCAGCAUCGGCACGCUCAGCGGUGUGACGUGCUCGGCGUUGUUCAACUGCCUCACCUCCCAGGGCAGCUGCACCACUGGCGGCACUCAGAACCGAGUCGGUUGUGCCAUCUGCGGCAGCACCAACGCCCAGAGCACUCUGUGCGGCGGCGGGAUGUGCGUGCCCGAUGCCACGGCUGCAGUUGAGAGCAACACGACCCCCACGCUGUCCACGCCUGCCGUGCCCAUGUACUGCACCGGCGUCAUCAUGGACGCCACUGCAGUGACUACACUCGCCAACAUAAAGACGGCGCUUGGAGUGACCUUCACGGACUGGGUGGCCCCCACGGCGCUGCUCAAGCCCAAGGCGGCGGGCAGAACGGGCAGUGGCAGUGUGGCGCCGACGGACUGGCUCACCACGGGCGGCUACUGCACCAUGGACGGGCAGACCCCCGUCGCCGGCUCCUGGUCCGGCGUGCUCUGCAACUCCCUCGGCCAGCCCGUCAACCUGAAUCUGAACAAUCAGAGGCUCACCGGCUCUUUCCAUGCUGACAUCAGCAAGCUCUCCUUGCUCACCGUGCUGGAUGUGAGCUACAAUUUCUUCAAGUCCAAUCUCGACACCUGGGCUGCGCCCCUCAAGCUCUCCAUCAACCUGGUGUCGCUAGAGCUGAACAUGAACGCGCUCACGGGCACGUUCCCGGCACCCAUCUCCACCGCACUGAAGCGCCUGCUGGUGGACCGAAACUUCAUGGCGGGAACGUUCCCCGCCAAGAGCGCCACGUACUGCACAGCCUACGGCAACUGCAUCUUCUCCUACACCAUGUGCAACUCGCUGUACCCCAACUCCCCCGUUGGCAACUGCAAUUACUGCGGCACCACCAAUGGGCUGGGCACGGCGUGCAUGGGCAACCCGUGCAUGCCAGUGACACCGUCGCCCAUCACGGCCACCAACCGAUGGGACCCCAUGCCCACCAUGCGCUGCGACCCCGUGCCCGUCCAUGCCUCCCAAGGUAACCCUCCCACCCACAGAAUGAAGAGUUCAAAGCGUUCUCUCUUCCUGCACUCUCUGCACCUCCCCUCCCUUCCCCCCUUUCCCCCCUUCUCCCCAUGCUGCAUGGCAGCGGCGGCGCUGCAGGCGAUGGUACCGGGGCUGUGGACGCAGCCGAUGUGCACGCUAGCGGGGCAGGCCUACGUCCCCGGCAUGCUGCCGUUGGCCUUCGGCAACCCCGCCGGCAUGGUGCUCGACAUGUACGCCCCCUUUGCUCACCGCCCUGCUCGCCCCCUGCUCGCGCCCUUCUCGCACCCUGCUCGCCCCCUCGCCCCCUGCUCGCGCCCUUCUCGCGCCCUGCGCGCCCCUUGCUCGCCCCUGCUCGCCCCCUGCUCGCCCUGCCCGCAUCAGCCUUCCACCCUGCUGUCUCCGGCUGUGCACAUGAUGUGCUCACGAGCAAACGGCUUCUUCCCCACCGACUCCUCAAAGCUCUCCGCACUCACCAAGCUGGACCUGUCGGUCAACCUCUUCACAAACCGCCUUGACUCCUUCCUCGGGCCCUUCAUUCCCAUCAAGACUCUCAACUACCUCUGCCUCCACCAGAACUACUUCUCGGGCUCCUUCCCAGCCAGCAUCUCCGCCCUCACUGCCCUCACGGAGCUGCGGCUGAACCUGAACUACCUGACGGGGAGCAUGCCGGCAGCGCUGCCAGCAAGCCUCAAGGUGAUCGACCUGUCGAGCAACUAUCUGGUGGGCACCUUCCCCACCACCACUGCCACCUCCGUCGCCUGCGCCAGCAACUGCCUGCAGGACGCCUCCAAGUGCCCCGCCGGCUCUGCUCAGCGCGCUGCAGCCGCCUGUGCCAUCUGUGAGACGCCCGAUGCGAGGGGCAGGAUGUGCGGCGGCGGCAUCUGCACUCCCAACACCACGGUGGCUGUGGCAGCCGGCACCAUGAACACGGGCUCGGCGUCGCUCUACUGCCUGGGCGCCUCCAUGGAUUCCAUUAUGGCCAUGCUGCUCCUGCAUGCUCACCCACCCCUGCUGUGUCUGUCCCCUGCUCUCUCCCUCCCCACCAACCCCUCUCCCUUGCUCCCCUCCUUGCUACUCGCAGCGGCGGCGCUGCUGAAUGUUAAGGCAUCGCUGGGGGUGACGUUCACGGACUGGGCGCUGGACUCGCCGUGCACCAUCCAGGGGCUGCCGCCGCUGCCAGACGCCUGGUCCAACGUCGUCUGCAACGUCUCCGGCAAAGUCAUGUCCAUCAAUCUGCGCUCCAACUUCCUGGAGGGCCGUCUGGACGUCUUUGCCGCCAACUUCAAGGCGCUCACGGCGCUCAAGGAAGCCUACCUGGACUUCAACUGGUUCACAGGGCCCAUCCCGUCAACCCUCGUCACCAUCGCCACCCUCUCCACCUUUGGGGCGAGCUACAACUACCUGUACGGGUCCAUGCCGGCUCCAGGCACGGCUCUCAAGACGCUCACGCUGGACGGCAAUUGGCUGUCGGGCACCUUCCCCGGUACCGGCUUUUCCUCCUGCUCCGCCACCGCCAACUGCCUCGCCAGCAUCAGCGCCUGCACCACGCUCGGCACCGUGCAGCGCGCCGCCGCUGCCUGUGCUGUCUGCGACACCGCCGACGGCUCGGGUACCGUGUGCGGCGGCGGCACGUGUGCGCCCGACACAGCUGUGCCGCUCGCCAGCAGCACUCCCAACAGCGCGACGGCGGCGGUGCUGCCGCGGUUCUGCGUGGGCGUGCCACUGGACGCCACGCAGGGCAACAUUCUGUUAGCACUCAAGUCCACUCUGGGCGCCACCUUCUCUGACUGGACCGCCGCCACGCUCGCCGCCCCCAAGGCCACAUCGACGAAGCCCAAGAAGGGGUCGAAGCGGCGGGUCCUCCUGCAAGGGAGGGGGUCGGGGCUGCUGUACGACUGGAAGGCGUGCCGCCCCUCCUGCUGCUGCCCCUCCUGCGGCUGCCCCUCCCUCUGCCACCACACAUUGGCUGUGCACCGCGUUUGCCUUUCUCUCACUCACCUCUCUCCCCUGUCCCUGUGUGCCCCUUCCGCUGUUGCAUGUGCCCCCCCUGCUGCGUGGAAUUCGUUGAGCAGAGACCUGAGGAGCCAGCUGUUGAGUGGCACAGUGCACUCCGACAUCAGCAAGCUCUCCACCCUCACCUCGCUGCGGCUGUCGUCCAACCUCUUCUUCAGCCGCCUUGACUCCUACCUCGUGCCCAUCACGCCCUCCGCCACCCUCAAGGAGCUGUCAGUGCCGCCACGCCUCUGCCCCUCUGUCUCCCCGUUCUCACUUUUAGUACCUCAUCCCUCGCUUCUGCUCUCCUCCUCUACGUCGUCUUUGCUCUCUCCUAUCCACCUCAGCCCAGCACACUGGAUUCUCCCUUCAAGCUUUACUCCUUAA